AUGCGCGCUGCCGCGGCCCUGUUCUCGACUUCCUGGCUCACCUCCGCUUACGCUGCGUCCUACUCACUCAGCGAUAACUGGGUAGGACCGGCGUUCCUCAACACCUGGACUUUCGAGAACAUCGCCGAUCCCACCAAUGGUCGAGUGACCUACGUCGAUCAAGCGACGGCUCUGGCUCAAAACCUCACAUAUGUGUCCGACGAUACCCUGAUUAUGCGAUGCGAUGAUACCACCGUGCUCAGCGCCAGCGAUCCGGGUCGGAACAGCGUGAGAAUCAAGAGCGACAAGGCGUACACCACCCACGUAGCAGUAUUCAAUGUUCGACACAUGCCCCAGGGAUGCGCGACAUGGCCGGCGAUAUGGGAGACCCUCGAGUCGGAUUGGCCAAACUCCGGCGAGGUCGAUAUCCUUGAAGGUGUGAACGACGAGUCGCCGAAUGCGAGUACGCUCCAUACGAGCGCGAACUGUACGAUGCCUGCUAGCAGGACGCAAACUGGCACGGCCACUGGUAACGACUGCUAUGGCGGAGACAACGAUAACGCUGGGUGCGGGGUCCAAGCUCCGACUACGAAUAGUUACGGGCCCGAGUUCAACGACAACGGCGGCGGAUGGUAUGCCAUGGAACGUACGACAGACUUCAUCAAGGUCUGGUUCUGGGCGCGCAAUGACGGGACUGUGCCGUUCGACGUCUACUCCGGGCCAGCUCAGAUUGACACGGAUAACUGGGGAACGGCAACAGCAUACUUCCCGAACACGGACUGCGACCUCGCCUCACACUUCGGCGAGAACAACAUCAUCUUCGACUUGACGCUCUGUGGAGACUGGGCCGGCGCCGUCUAUAGCUCGGACGGGUGUCCAGGAGAUUGCGUGACGUACGUCAACGAGAACCCGUCGGCGUUCAGCAACGCGUACUGGGACAUCGCUUCUGUGCGGGUAUACCAAUGA